AUGGGAGGUUUGCAGCGUGUGCAAGAAGAUGGUGUAACAAUGCUCCACCUGGCCGCCGGCAAGUUCACGCCGCUGCAGCUGCCCGAGGGCGCGGCGCGCGACGCGGCCGCGCUGCUCGACUUCCCGCGCCACCGCCUGCGCCUGCUGGAGAAGCUGGGCGACGGCCUCUUCGGCCUGGUGCACCUGUGCGAGGUGGAGGGCGCGGCCGAGUACCCGGGCGCGGGCGCCGCAGGCGCGCCGGCCCCCUGCCAGCGCAAGCAGCUGCUCGUCGUCAAGUCCCUGCGGCGCGGCUGCAGCGAGGCCACGCGUUAUGGCUGCCUCAUCUACUUGGCUACUCAAGUGGCAUCUGGUAUGAAGUACCUGGAAUCAAUGGAUCUGGUGCACCGCGAUCUGGCAGCAAGGAACUGUGCUGUGGGGAAGCAUUACAGUAUUAAGAUUACGGACCAUGCAAUGUACUGCACGAAAUACGAGAGUGACUAUUAUGUAAGUGACACACAGUCUCGAUUACCUGUUCGCUGGAUGGCCUGGGAGAGUCUAUUGCUGUCACAGAACAGAGAAAAUGUUCAGGAAAAAUUGAUCUUUGGACCUGACUUAUAG